AUGGCCGCCAUGCAUCUGCACGAUACAACAAGUCUUGGAGGUCAGGAGUGGAGAGAGCAGUUCGAGGCAAAGUUUGAAGCGCUCUGCUCAAACUUUUGGCAACGCCUGCACAGCAAACAUCUACCCUUUGUAGCACCAGCAGUCACUCAGGCGACCUCUUGCACCGGGACAGAGGCGAAAUGGAUACUCACCCUCCAGGUACUUCACCAAAGCCCACAGCUACUCCAGCUUCCCGUUACUCUUCUGGGCCGGGGGCCUGCCUGGAAUGUAAACCAGGCUGCCGUCCAUACACCCUAGGGGGUAACCAAGCUGACGGGACCCUGAAGGCAGAUCCAUUGACACAAGGCACUAGCCCCUUUUCAAGCCUGGAGCGGCAAAAGGGGAGACAGCAGCUGGAAUUCCUACUCUACUCGCAGAACAUACACAGCGCCUGGCCGGAGGGGACGCGAUACAGUCCUGAAGAGAACCGGUAUUCCCAAGCCUGGACUGUCAGUGGCAUAGGGUGA